CUCCGAAACCCUCCACCCCCUCUCUUCCCCCCUGAUCAUCCCUUCUCCGGUCGCACUGCCCCAGUCCCAAUUAGACAUCGAAGAUCACCCGACCGCUUUCCUUCAGCGUUGCUCAGCGUUGCUGUCAAAUUUUCUUUACCAGGUCUGUGCUGCUGUGGCACGCAAGGGUGGCGCCAGUCUUACCCUCUUUUACGACUGUGAUGAUCCUCGGUCGCCUCGAAUCUGCCCUCUCCUCUCUUUCUACGCCAUAUCCCCGGAAAAGCAAUUCCUGACCCUGACUAUCACCACCGGACCGCCCUCUUUCCUACAACACGCACAAAGAGUCACGAUCUUCGAUUUCGACAGAGUACCACCGGACGGGUUCCCCUAAUUCUCUUCGCGAACUGAGAGUCGACGGACCUCGCCAAUCUUCCUCAAAAUGAUGUCCCGAAGCCAGUCGAGCUUGGGCUUCCUCGAUACAGGCAGAGACGACCCUUCUGCGACGGGCAUCUCUCCUCGAUAUCAACAAACCCAAUCGCAACCGCAGCCUCAGCCGCAAGCCUCCAACUCGGGGCCGAUCAACUUGUCAGGUCUGGUCUGCAAUGUCCGUCGGACCACCGGUAGAGAACCACACCCGCUUGUGGGGGCGACGACAACCAUCUUGGGCGAUAAGUUAUACGUGUUUGGCGGUCGGGUGCUCUCAAAGAGUCGUCCGCAGUUGACGUCGGACAUAUACGAGCUGGACUUGAUUCGGCGUCACUGGACCAAGAUUGAAGCGACCGGCGACAUUCCCCGCCCGCGGUACUUUCACAGUGUUUGCGCCUUGGGAGACCAUAAACUGGUGUGCUAUGGCGGUAUGUCACCUGCCCUCAAUGUGUCCAAGGACGCUGCCGCUGCGAGCGGGGCCGGGGGCCAGGAGGCUCAGCCAGAAGUCGUGGUUAUGUCCGAUAUCCACAUCUUCGACGUGCCUACCCGAACUUGGACCCGUGUGCCGGCCAUUGACUCGCCUCAGGGUCGGUAUGCGCACUGUGCUACAAUUCUGCCUUCGAGCGCCCAUUUUACCUCGGCCACCGCGCCUCUCUCCGCCAUACAUCACAAUCCAGCAUCGUCAAACCCGCACCAGGGCACGAUCGGGGUGGAUAUUGAUGGGUUCGGAGGGGCCGAGAUGGUCGUGGUAGGAGGACAGGAUAGCUCCAAUCAUUAUAUCGAGCAGAUCAGCGUCUUCAACCUUCGAAGUCUGAAGUGGAUGAGCACCAGCACACUUGGCCGCAGCUGUGGUGCUUAUCGCAGCGUGGUUGCUCCGCUGCUCGGUAUGAGUGUCUCUGAGAUCGGCUCCGCAGCCGAGAAUCAAGAUGCGCAGGAGCCCAUUGAGGACUCCCAGGUGGAGGGUUGUCCUAUGCUGAUAUACUCGAACUAUAACUUCUUGGACGUGAAGCUGGAGCUACAAGUACGUUUGCCUGACGGUCGCUUGGUCGAGAAACCCAUGCAAAGUCAGGCAUCGCCUCCAGGAUUGAGGUUUCCCAAUGGAGGUAUAAUUAACGGUCAUUUCGUUGUCAGUGGCACUUAUUUGACUUCGUCAAAGCAGGAAUAUGCACUUUGGGCACUGGACUUGAAGACCCUCACUUGGGGCCGUAUCGACGCGGGAGGUUCGGUCUUUGGCCAGGGUAGUUGGAACCGAGGUGUUCUCUGGUCGAGAAGAAAUACUUUUGUGAUCCUGGGCCAUCGGAAACGCAGUUUGGUGGAAGAUUACAACCACCGGCGUAUCAAUUUCUCGCAUGUGUGUAUGGUGGAGUUGGAGGCCUUUGGUCUCUACAACAAUGCAUGCCGGACAGCGCCCACCUCGGGCUACGUUUCCUACAGCGCACCGUCUGUUCCGGCUUCUCUCCAGUCAAAGCUCACCAAAUUGACCUCCGGUGGACGGCCAUUUUCUCCGGCCUCGGAUGAGUUAGGACGUCUCGCCCACUCGCUACCCGAGAUGGCAGAUAUGGAGCUUCAAGCUGUGGGAGGGGAGCGAAUCCCCGUAAACUCGCGCAUACUGACGCGGAGAUGGGGCCCUUACUUCAUUCAGCUGCUUCGCGAAUCCUGCGAUCGGGGGGUCUCUGAUUCGGCUACGCUUCGUCCUGCGAUGGCCAUGUUACCCAGCCGCAACUCCAGCAUAACUAUCACCCCAUCGAUCGGCCAGCACAGCAACUACUCCAAUGCCAGUACGCUUGUCAGUAACCGCUCCGUCACCUCCAGAUCCUUACUAGCGAACCUCGAGAUACCCUCCGCCCAUUCCCUAUCGCCUACCGCUCGUCCCCGUGUCCUUUAUCUACCUCAUACCUACCUCACCCUCCAAGUCCUCGUCUACUAUCUCUACACAUCCUCCCUCCCCGCGGUUGGCUCCUCCCUCUGCACCCCUCAAAUUCUCUGCUCCCUCCUUCAACUCGCGCGCCCUUACCAAGUCGACGGCCUUCUCGAAGCCACAGUCGAACGCCUUCAUCAGAUGCUCGAUGGCCGCAACGCCGCGGCCGUCUUCAAUGCGGCUGCCAUGGCCGCGGGAGGAGGCCGCGGCACUGGGUUCGCCAGCGGGCUGGGUGGUACCCUGGAAACUCUCAACGGAGCCCACGCGGCCGCCACCGCCGCAGGGCAGGAUUCUUCUGGCUUGACUACCAUGAAUACCAACACCACUGGCACUACGCAACCCUCCUCCGGAGCCCAAAGCCACCUCACCUCCGACUCGUCCGACACAGAGCACGGUACCACUGCGUCCGCCGCGCUCUCGACGGCCAGCAGCGCCAGCGGCGUGGGAGCCCCCUCCACCUCGCGCGGCAUCCCUCUCCGCAUCAACACCAAUAUCUUCAGCCGUCGCCAACGCCACAGCGACCGCGAGCGCGCGCGUGAACGCGAGCGGGAACGAGAACGAGAACGCGAACUGGAACUCGAGCGCGAACGAGACCGCGAAGACUCCAUCAGCAACGCCAGCACCGCCUCCGCCUCGACCAACACCAGCUUCGACCAGUCCGACUCGGAGUAUGGUGGCGGCGACUCCUCCGGCCGCGCCCGCUCCUCGUCACAUCACCGCCGCAACACGGACGCCGAGCUCCAUCCCGAGCGCGAGAUCUGGACCGGCGAUCUUAGCAGCGUCAUCGGCUUGCAGAAGCGUGGUCUGCGCGGGUUAAUGGAGGGUCGACGCCUGAGAGAACGCACCGCCAAUCCGACCACCACCAACGGCAGUAGUAAUGGUCUUAAUAAUGGCGCCAGCAAACCUGGCAGUGCGGCGGUGAGUUUGAAUGGGGUCGGAAGUGGGGUGGAGUAAAGCCACUCUUCUCUCGCCCCAGAGGGCUGGCUCGUUCCCCCUUCAGGCAUACUCUUAAGAUUUCCGGUUCAAGGUAGCGAGAUGGUCGAUGACUGAUUUUGGCUUCGUCCUCUUCCCCAGUAUAUAUUGUAUUUUCGUUCUGUAUGGACGGGGUCUUUCUCAGUGGUGGGAAGGAAAGGGGAAAAAAGUGGAAAGGGAAAGUUGGUAGUAAUGAUGAAUGAUGCACGUGCACGACUGAUGUUUUGCUCUUAACUGGGUGUGUAUAAUGAUAAGUUAGUUUGGGGUGAAAAAAGGUUGGUUCAUGGCACGCACUGAACCACAUUCUGUUUGCAGGAUAUGAAAGUGGACACUAGUACGGAGUAGAGGUUAAUCAAAACAAACACAAGAGGGUCCAA